AAGGCCGAUGACCGCACCUCGGGCAAGGGCGUCCGCUUGACUCAAUGCCCACGAUGCAAGCGUUUUGCAGACAAAUAUGUCGAGCAUGAUUUUGUUGUCUUGUUCAUCGAUCUGGUCUUGAUCAAACCACAGGUAGGCCUUUGCACCUUUUGUUCAACCGUCUGGGUCGAGAGGAUGGUCGCUUCAACNCCAUCCAUCAUACGUCUUGGUGUUUUACUCCUUUUGUUUGAUGUCUACUUGACUUGGGCUCGUAUAGAAGAAGCCACGCCUUCAUCAUCAGCCACAGACAGUAUCUCCAUGCCGACUCCGUCCGAUCCAUUUGCUCACCCCACGAGCAAUGCCACGGGCUCGAGCGACUCGAGUACAUCAGGUCUGCUACCUAGUUCUUACCUCCUUAGCGAGCAGCCUAUCAUCCUGCAAUACGUCUUCUUCCUCCUGCUGUGCGCACUGGAGACUGUAUCCUUUCACCUGCCUAUUCGCACGCUCUUGUCACUGCGCUUGCCUCGACCUCUGUCUUACCUUAUCCCUCACUACCCACAUCCUGCUGUCAUAAGCACGGCACUCUUGGUAUCGAGCUUUACGAAACUAUUCCCAUUACUGCUGUUGAUAUGGAAGUAUGAUUUGCCGAGUAGCGCAAGUGCUGUCUCUUGGGCUGUCAUCAUCAACAAUGUCGCCGCCUUGGAGAUUUUGCUUGAGUGCGGAGUCAUCAGAGCUGCUAUACUGGCCGCAGUCGGUGCAGUGUGUCGAGCAGGCGUUGGUUGGGGCAUCCUGAGAGCUGCUGGGGUUGGGUCAGGCGUGGCAGCUGCCGGAGUCGUCGAGACGGGCGAUUUGCUUGAGCUGUGGAAACGACUCGCGUUGCAUGUGGGAAUUGGACAA